AUGGAUGAGCCUCAGAAGAAAGUCAGCCAAAGGCCCGAGGGGAGACCCCGCAAGGUGAGGUUCAAGAUAUCCUCGGCCUACAGCGGCCGGGUGCUAAAACAAGUGUUUGAGGAUGGCCAGGAGCUGGAGCCCCCCGCGAAGGAGAGCUCUCGGCGCCUCAUCCGCCACAGCUUCGAGCCGGAGGGUCAUUUCUGUGGCCUGGGGGAGGCCCCGGAGCCUGGGCUUUGCUCCCCAGCCAAGCUUACCGCCCAGAGGAUCAGUAUAUUCAAGGACGACAAGAAAUACAAUCUCACGAGCACCUCGCGUCUCCUCAGUGACUGCCAGUCAAACGCUCAUGACACCCUUCUGCAGGCCCCCCCGAUUCUAGAUUUUGGCAAGAUCAUCAUCUACACAAAUAACCUGAAAAUCAUUCGGGCGCCAAUGGACCAGAAAGAGCUUGUGAGAAGAAUCAUCCAGACUGAGGGAAUGAACGACUGGGCCUUCACGUGCCGGGAACGCAAAGAGAGAUUUAGUGACGGACACAGAAAAGAUGUGGACAAAAAGGCGGCCUGCAGCCAGCAUGUGCAGUGGUUGUGA